CUACACAUAGUUUGAAAACGUUUACAAUUGAUACCUUCCGCCUUUAUACUAUGUCUACCAACAGCGUGGGUAGAUUGUGUUGAUGUUUCUGUCAAGAUCUGCUUAGCGAAAGACUAUACUAAAUUAAGUUGUGCUAUUUUAGUUUACAAACACAUUAUAAGUAUGAGGUACAGUUUCAAACGUCGCCUCGGGGACCCUAGACCAGAGCCUAACGGUCAUGACAAAAGUGUUCAAGUCAAGCCUGGCAAUGGUUGUAGCCCCGCCUCUAUGUCAAGUCCAAUGAUAAAGUCUCAAUCUGGUCACGUGAUUUGUGAGUCAUCAGGAGCUGAAAUCUGCAGUUGGAGUAAGGCCAGCUGUUUCGAUGAGGAAGGGCCUUUGGAAAUGUGCAGUUGGAGUAAGGCCAACUGUUUCGAUGAGGAAGGGGCUUUGGAAAUGUGCAGUUGGAGUAAGGCCAACUGUUUCGAUGAGGGAGGGGCUUUGGCUCCAGAGACUCCCAGAAGGACAGGUUGGACUGGAAGCUUGAAGGCCGAGAAGCUCUUCGUGUUCUUACAGCACUACUACAAUGGCGUCUUGCCCACCCUGAUUGGCAUAAGCCUCGCCAGCCUGGUCCUGUUAUUGAUGUGCAUUCAGAUGUCUGAUGUGAAAAUGAAAAAUGUGUGCUCGCCUGACGAGUUGAGUGAUCUGAACAUUAUUAGGAAGGAACUGGCGAUCAUGGAACAGCAUGUCCGCAGCAACAACAUGAGCGUGACUUGCGAGGACGUCUUGAAGAAACUCACGCAGCUUGAACUGGACGGCAGACUGAAGACAAGUGUCCUAAAGCAAAUGGUGAGCCAUGUCAUGGACCAGAUACGUGAAAACGGUGAUGUCAUGCUGCUUGGAUAUCCCAAAACUGAGAUGAUAGGAGCAAGCCCAAAUGACUCUAGUCUUCAGAAACUUGAAGCAGACGGCCCUCUCUAUCACGAAUCACACUUGAUCUCCCUCCAUGAUACAAGGAUGUAGAGAGCCGUUCCUAGCCUGGAAUCUAGCUGUGUUUUGGAUGAUCCAUGUGAACCUCUCUUUGUGAUGAGUGCUCGGUCAAUGAGUUAUCAAAUGUUCCGUUUCAAACAAAAUUUGUUAUGAGCCUAUAUGUUGAAUAGUGCAGUAAAUGAAUUUUAUUAAAUAUUCCUUACGAAACACAA